AUGCCAGGUUUUGCAGGUCAGUUGGCUGCCAAAGCUUCAGAUUCUCAGUCUCAAGUUCAAGUCACAGAUCCUUACCAGUUACUGAGUGCUGCAAGCAGUCGACUAGCUUCCCAAGGAAGUGGACAAAUUCAGCUUUGGCAAUUCCUUCUUGAACUGUUGUCAGACAGCAGCAAUUCCAGUUGCAUUACCUGGGAAGGAACAAACGGUGAAUUCAAACUAACUGAUCCGGAUGAAGUAGCACGACGGUGGGGCGAAAGGAAGAGUAAACCAAACAUGAAUUACGACAAAUUAAGUCGUGCAUUACGGUAUUACUAUGAUAAAAACAUCAUGACGAAGGUCCAUGGCAAACGUUAUGCGUAUAAAUUUGAUUUUCAUGGACUAGCUCAGGCUUGUCAACCUGGAAACAACGACCCAACAGCAUACAAAUUUCAAUCUGAUUUCUUUUUACCGACGUAUCAUGCGCCGAAACUGAAUUACCUUACGCCACGAGGAAGUUCAAUUCCAGCAACAUCCCAAGGAGCUCUCUUCAGUCCGGCCAUGUCCGGAUCUUACUGGUCUGGACCAUCACCAGCUUGCAAUUUGUAUCCGAAUAUACCAGGACAUACUUUGUCUCAUCACGCCCACAGAACAAACGGAUUGGGAACGUAUUAUUAAAGUCAAUAAAAUAUGCCGCAAAAGCGCUUAAUGAAAUCUAAGCUUAGAUUCCGCAUCUUCAAAUAAGUUCAUUGAGCUCUGAAUCAGUUGCUAUGAUAUUAUGAUAUAAAUUGGUGAUUUUCAAGAGGGUGGUUUUUUUUUUUUUUUUUUUUACAAAUGAACAGAUGAACAGCUAAGAUAUACAAGUUAAAUGUAGAAAUUCGUCGAAAAAAAUUGAGGAAAUUGGGGAAUAAAGUAUUUAUGGAAGAGAAAAAAAUCCAUUACAAAGAAAAAUCAAAAUAAACAAAUGAAUAAAUACGUUAGAAAGUAAUAUAAAAAUAAGAUAAUUUAAAAAAGGAAAAAUAUUUUAUUUCUACUCCUAUUUUUUAAAAAUAGAAACGAAUUCUCUUUUACUCUCUGUACUUGUAAAUAAAAAAACUAAUUAAUUAACGCAUUAAAAUACGUCAAACAACAGUUAUAUUCAAAUUUUAAUUUAAUUAUUAUUUGCUUGAGAAGAAGUAAUACAGGCUACGUUUUCAGAGAAAGAGAAUGGAAGAAAAGGGGUUAGGUUCUCAUACUAAUAAAUAGACUAAUAAAGUAUGUCACAGGACAAAAGGCAUCUUCUUAGACGAUCUUACGUUUUCAUUCGCAAAAAUUUAAAAAAGUUUAAUAUUAAAAAUGUCUUAGUACCUAUUUUAAGAAUAAGUCUUUUGAAAUCCUCGAUAAGUAUUAUAUAUAAUACUUAUAUUUUUAUUCUCAAUAAAAAGAUUGCAAUUUAAAAAAUAUAUAUUUUCAACGCCCUCCUUUUUUUUUUUUUUUUUUAGCUCAAAACGAGGUUAUCCCUUAAUGAACUGGCUCACCAGCGGCCGAGCGGUAAAGUCGCUGAACACUGGUAGUUCGGUCCGAAGUUCGAAUCACGUGAACGGGCUGGCUGCAUGGGCGUUUUCGUGGUUUUACCCAUGUGUAACGUGUAUACGAGCCAGUUUCCCUUAGAUAGUCCUCCACGAAGGCAUCCCUCCCCUUAAACAGAUAGCCCUCGAGGCUUUGCCAUAAUCACACAUCACUCACUCAUCACCCUUAUUGAGCAAAUAGUCUCGAAACAGGAUUUGGCGGGGUAUCACUUUAAAUGUCUGAAUUAUUUUCAAAUUGUUGCCAUAAAAUAUUAUCGCUCUAUAUUACUUUUAAAGAAAUUACAUAAUGACGAAUCUGCAUGAAUAUAAAAAUGUUUCUCGCACUGUGGAGAAAAGGCGGCACUUAAGGCUAUCAGAUUUUAAAUAACGUAGUCCUCCACCCAAACCUGAGCACUUGUAAGCCCAACUUUUGAAUUCCAAAUUUUAUAUUUCAUAUUUCGUAAAAUUUAGCGAAUUUUUAACAAGUUCAACGAUUUGAAAGCGAGCAAUGGCAACACAGUACGGAUUAAAAAAUUGUUAUUUCCAGUACGGGAGAAUGUAAAUCAGAGAAUGCAAAGAUAUGCUGUUUUUAAAUAUUUUGUGAUUUUAUUAUUCAACUUAAUUUUAUGUGCGAAGAGCAUGAUGUUUAAUUAAUAAAUUUAACACACGAAACAGUAAUAAUAAAAAGAC